UGGUUGAGCCCCGGUGUCACAAGGCAGGGUGUUUCUCUGCCCACAUCCCCUUGUCCCUUCCUUGACCCUCCCCACCGCAGCCUACGUCACCUGCCAGGACCUCCGCAGCAUUGUGGACCCCGUGGAGCAAAUGGUGAUGGUUAUCAAAGCCCCCCCAGAGACCCAGCUGCAGGUGUCAGACCCAGCAGAGGCGUUCCAGGUCUCCGUGCGAAGCACUCAGGGCCCCAUCGAUGUGUUCCUCUGCCCCGAGGACAGCUCGGGGGUCUGCAGUCCUGUCAAGAGCCCCUUCAAAGCCCCUGCUGAGGACUCUUCUCCCAGCCAUUCACAGCCCAGAGCCUCCCUGCUCCUGCAUCCUGCCCAGGAUGUGAACAUGCCGCUGCUGCCUGGAGAGCAAGAAGCGCUGCUGCCAGGGCCGAGCGCGCUGCCCGGCAAGAGCCCGGAGGAGGAGGUAAGCCUGUCCCCGCUGGCCUCCAUGGACAUGCUGCUGGAGCAGAGCAGGGAGGACUUGGCGGGCUUCUUGGCCGAUGAGUUCAUCAACCUGUCGCCGCCGCAGGCGCAGGACUAUCACUUUGGGCUGGAGGAGGGCGAGGGCAUCAGCGAGCUCUUCGACUGCAACUUUGGGGACUUCACCCCCUUGGACUUCUGAAGCUGUGCCCGCCCGGGUGCCUGGGGGAGCUGCCAGGGCAGGGGGCAGCGCUGGCAGGGCAGGGCAGGGCAGGGCUGCCCCUCUGGCUCCAGUGCCCGCCGGUCCUCCCCCAUCCCUUUUUGCAAUAUUUUCUCGUUAUCCCUCCAGCCCGCUGGCAUCCCCAGCUCCAGCCCCACAAGAGGAUGCCAGGGUGGGGUUCCCAUCUCGGGGGACCCCCCUGUAGGGCCCUGAUCAGGGGCGACUGCCCAGGGCAGAGCCACUGCCCCCCAGGAGCCCGUUCCAGAGCUUUAAGCAGUCCUGUGUAUAGAUUACUGAUUUGAUUAAUUUAUUAUUGUCCCCUGGGGACAGCGUUUCAUUUCCAUGGGGGUUUGGGUGGGCUGUACAGCAGAGUGGGGGUGCUGAGAGUUUUUGUUGUGCUGGGAGGGGGUGGUGGAGAUGCGGGGGGCUCUGGGUUAGGGCUGUCCCCCUGCCUGGGGGCUGCCCACAGCCUGGCUGAGCGUGGGUUAUUUAUUUAUUAUUUAUGGCGUGUGGAGCUCUCCCAGGACAUGGAGGGGGCAGGAGGACAGUGCUGGUGGGACGUGGAGGGUGCCACCAGGGUCUCACCAGCACACCCUGGCUUUGCUUGUGUCCAGAACGGGGCUGGCAAGGCCACGGCUGUGGCAGGUGGCUGCGGGAGCGGGGACGGGGCUGGGUGGGGCUGGUGGCCCUGGCACCGUGUGCGUGUCCCCUCGGGGGUCACAGAGGUGUCCAGGGGGAGCAUCUCUGCAGGUGAGCACCCAACGCUGUCUCCAGGCUUUCCUUCCCCUCCCUGUGCAGCCCUUCAGCCUUACGGCUCUGGCUCCCCAUCCCAGGCCACUGGGGCUGGGAGAGGAGGGGAGGGGGGUCCUGGGGUCCCCCUGGGCCGAGCUGGAGACGCACUUUCACUUUUACUGCCAUUUAACAAGCUUGUGUUCCUCUGAGCUUUGUGUUUAAUAAAGGUUUCUACUGACUCUGC